GACGGAGGGACGGAGGGACGGCCGGCCGCGCCAUGGCGGACGAAGAGCUCGAGGCGCUGAGGAAGCAGAGGCUCGCGGAGCUGCAGGCCAAGCACGGGGACCCUGGUGAUGCAGCCCAGCAGGAGACAAAGCAAAGGGAAACAGAAGUGAGAAACAGUAUCUUAGCCCAAGUUCUGGAUCAGUCAGCCCGGGCCAGGUUAAGUAACUUAGCGCUUGUAAAGCCUGAAAAAACUAAAGCGGUAGAGAACUACCUCAUACAGAUGGCACGGUAUGGACAACUGAGCGGGAAGGUGUCAGAACAAGGUUUAAUAGAAAUACUUGAGAAAGUCAGCCAACAGACAGAAAAGAAGACAACAGUUAAAUUCAACAGAAGAAAAGUAAUGGACUCGGAUGAAGAUGACGAUUACUAAGAGGACAUGCUUAGACAGCCUUACGGAGCAGUGUCUAGGGCAGUUACAACCUUUAAAUGUUUACUUUGUUUAUUAUCUCUAUAUGCCUUUUGAAAAAAUAAACUUGUUACUCAAACUAAA